AUGGGUGUGUUGAGUAGUUUUCGGGAACUUGACGAAAGCUCUGUCAAGCUCUGGAACAAUUUACCAGAAGAGAAAAUGGGAGAAGAUAAAGGAAUGGGGCUCGAAAUUGCAGAGGUUUUAGGGAUGAGAGAUGAAGCUUGCUCUUUGGAUGUGGUUUGCUUGCCAUUUUUUGAGUUGUUUUGCUGGGUAAAAGGUGCCUCCCUUUUAUAG